AUGGGCGAGCUUAAAGGGCGGAGCAUCUCUAUCUUUGUUGUCACAGUCGUGUUUCUCGCCUUGUCUUUUGUUGCUGUUUCUCUGAGAUGUUUUGCUCGGUUGAGGCUGGUGAGGGCGUUUGGGUGGGAUGACUCCCUGAUGGUGCUUGCGAUGGCGUUGAAUAUCGUCUUCGCGAUAUGUGGAAUCACGGGUUCCUUCUAUGGAAUUGGUCGAAGGAUGGAAGACCUUAUCGACGAUAUUCCGGGCGUUGAAAAGGCACUAUUCUGGUGGUGGCUAGGACAAGCCAGCUACGUCUUCACCUGCGUCAUCGCCAAGAUGUCCAUUGCCUUGACCCUCCUCCGCCUAACGAUAUCAAGAGUCCACCAAGCCAUUAUAUGGACUGUCGUCGGAGUCUCGGUAGUCGUCGGACUUGCCUUCUGGUUCACCUUAAUCCUGCAAUGCCACCCAGUCUCGUACUUUUGGCACCGGUUCACGAGCUCGGGGACCUGUAUUAAUCUCAACUACCUCGAGGGUGUUGCCUACCUUUACAGUGUCACGGCGGUGAUUUGCGACUUUAUUUUGGCUCUGCUGCCGAUAGCGCUUGUGUGGAAAUUGCAGAUGAAUUUUAGGACCAAGGCUGCGCUAGCUGCGAUUUUGGGGUUGGGUUGCAUUGCCAGUACUGCCGUGAUUAUUCGCAUUCCCUACCUCCACUAUUAUAAGGAUGACGACUUUCUAUACGCAACAACGGACAUCUCAAUCUGGUCCAACGUCGAAGCAAGCCUAGGAAUCACAGCAGGCAGCCUCGUUACGGUGCGCUCCCUAUUCCGAUUCUUCCGCGGGUCCGGAAAUGAGGAAUCAGGAUCCAGGGCGGCCAGCGAUUUGCCGCUAUCGAGGAUGGACAUGGGCAUGAAUAUGAAUGGGGUAACCCGAACCCGGAGUGGCCAGGAAGAAACAGAUGACUUUUGGUGGCUGGAGGUUGGGGUUGAGCCUGGGCUGGAAGGGACGAGGAGUACGACUCAGAUUUCCACGAGUCAGAUUUGUGGCCAGGAGGAUUUGAAACAUAUAGGUGGGACUCUCUUAACGUCUUCGCGUUCGAAUUCAUGA